AUGAACCUCCGCAGCUGCCUGGCCGCCACUGCAGGCCCUUAUCCACCCUUGAGGCGGCGCUUUCCUUUGAGGGUCGUCAUCCAGGCGGCCGUACAGAUCUGGGAGGUGGAAAGCCCCUUGCUGUCUGAGCAGGGCAGCCCCAUCACGCGCAUGGCCAAUGCAGCCAGGGAGAGCACCCAGGACUUCCUCGUAAGAACGGCGGCCGCGGGGUCGAGCUUCGUGUCCUGGGGCCAAGGGCUCUUGGGCUCUGCAGCCAAGGCCCGUCCACGUCGGUCGGGGUGGGUCUCCGGUGCGAGAAGGUUUGGACGUUUUCGGGGUGGGACGAGCGAAGUGAAAGAAGAUCAGUCCUACAACUUGUGA